CCCCCUUCAUUUCUUUGAUGUGAAUGUCUUUAGAUAGAGAGGGUUUAAAAGAAAAUAAUCCAGUGAAAUCCCUCGGGCAAGUGGGGUAAGAAGGGUUUAAAUUUGGGGAUACAAAUCUUUUUUCCCCUUAAUUUCUUUGAUGUGUAAGUCUUUAGGUAGGGAGGGUUUAAAAUAACGUAACCUGUUAAAAUCCUGAUGUGAAGAGGGUCUUUUCCAUGGUUUAAUAGCUCAGAGGGGCUCAAUCCAGGGAGAGAGGGGUGUUUAAAAACUUUUAAUUAGGUGAUCUUCAACCUGCAGUCUACAGUUUCUUUUUUUUUUAAUACCAUGGAUACAGGCAAGGAUGCCUCCUCCUUGCUAGUCCAAAGCUGGUUGAGCAUGUCCUCUCCUUUAAAGAUCCGGUGUCCUGUGGGUGUCCAUCGUCCGAUUGAGAAUUGAAGAGGGGAGCCGCACUUGGCUUCCACUGUGAAGGGCACGGUUUCUAUUUGUCUGCCUGAGUGCCAAAGGAACCAUCGGCUCAUCAUGUCCUAGGUGCUUUGAAGAUUGGGUGAUCUGAAGAGAGGGAGUGUUUUUUGUUUGUUUCUCCCUGUGAUGGAGAAGCUGUGGGGGGCAUAGGAAGUUCUCCCACCCACCACCACCCACGCUCCCUAAGAUGGCCACGGACCCAGGAGAGCCCGCGGCCCCGGGGGACCCCAGCAAACCAGGCGGCAUGUCCUCCGGUGCCGGCCAGCCCCCAGCCAGCGCCUCGCCGGCGAAAGCGGGCAGCCCCUCGCCCCCUCCCCCGUCCCAGCCCCGGGACAAGGGCGCCGAGAACCACCGCUUCGUCCGCCGCAGCCUGGAGCUGGUGGAGCGGGAGGGGGCGGCACGGCUGCCGGCGUUCGACGGCAAGACCGACCCGGCUGCGCCGGCCCCCAGGGCCCCCGGCAACGCCGACGGCGCCAGGGACUCGCUCAAGGACAGGACCGAGAAGGAGAACGAAGAGGAGGCCGAGAUGAAGGCAGUCGCGACCUCGCCCGGAGGCCGCUUCUUGAAGUUCGACAUUGAGCUUGGAAGGGGAGCCUUCAAAACCGUCUACAAAGGGCUGGAUACCGAGACCUGGGUGGAAGUUGCUUGGUGCGAACUGCAGGACAGGAAGCUCACCAAAGCAGAGCAGCAGCGUUUCAAAGAGGAGGCGGAGAUGCUGAAGGGCCUGCAGCACCCCAACAUCGUGCGCUUCUACGACUCGUGGGAGUCGACGCUAAAGGGGAAGAAGUGCAUCGUGCUGGUGACGGAACUGAUGACGUCCGGGACCCUGAAGACGUACUUGAAGCGGUUCAAGGUGAUGAAACCCAAGGUCCUUCGCAGCUGGUGCAGGCAGAUCCUGAAGGGCCUGCAGUUCCUGCACACCCGCACGCCGCCCAUCGUCCACCGCGACCUCAAAUGCGACAACAUCUUCAUCACCGGCCCCACCGGAUCCGUCAAGAUCGGGGACCUGGGACUCGCGACACUGAUGCGCACUUCCUUCGCAAAGAGUGUGAUAGGAACUCCAGAAUUCAUGGCUCCGGAAAUGUAUGAAGAACAUUAUGACGAGUCGGUUGACGUCUAUGCCUUUGGGAUGUGCAUGUUGGAGAUGGCUACCUCAGAAUACCCUUACUCCGAAUGCCAGAACGCUGCCCAGAUAUACCGCAAAGUAACUAGUGGCAUCAAACCCGCCAGCUUCAACAAAGUGAGCGAUCCCGAGAUUAAGGAAAUCAUUGAAGGAUGCAUCCGGCAGAACAAAACGGAAAGGCUGGCCAUAAAGGACCUCCUGAGCUACGCGUUCUUCGCGGAGGACACGGGGCUACGGAUCGAGCUGGCCAAGGAGGACAGCGGGCAGGAAUCUUCACUGGCGCUGCGCAUCUGGGUGGAAGACCCCAAGAAGCUGAAGGGGAAGCACAAAGACAACGAGGCGCUGGAGUUCAGCUUCGACUUGGAGCGAGACACUCCUGAAGAGGUGGCCCAAGAAAUGGUGAAAUCGGGCUUCUUCCACGAGAACGACUCCAAGCUGCUGUGCAAGUCCAUCCGGGACCGGGUGUUGUUCAUCAAGAGGAAGAGGCAGAGGACGCAGCAGCUGCGGGAGCUGGAGGAGCAGGAGAGGCUGCGCUCGCAGGCGGACCAGCCCCCCCCGCCCACGGUGCCCCCCAGCGCAGCCGGCAACGCCGCCGGCACCACCAGCUGGCAGCAGCCCCCCACCGAGAGCGAGGAACCCGAAGUGGACCAGCACGUCCUGCAGAACAAGCUGCUCACCGACGCUGUGUCCUUCGACAGCGUCUCGGACAGCAGCCUGACCUCUGCCGCCUGCUCCGAGUCUCCGGGGGGAGCGGUCUUUCCAGCGGUCCCAGAGCCCAGCCCGUGCGCGCCGCAAGUCUCUUCGGGCUCCAGCGUGGAGUCCCACCACCACUCGGGCGUUCUCCAUCAGCCGCCGACGCAGCAGCAGCAGGCAAUGGGGACUCCGUCCCACCCCGGGGUGCUUGAUGCUCAGCGGACAAGACAGGCGCUCGAUACCUUGAGCGGGACACCCGACGCGGCCAAGGAGCCCCCCAACGGCAGCGAGCUGGGGAACGGGAAGCCGGAGAAGCCGCUGAAGCCGCAGCAGCGGAGACCGUCCAACGCCCGGGAGCGGCCGGAUAAACCCACCAAGUUCCAGCUGACUGUCCUGCAGGUGUCCAGCACCGGGGACAACCUGGUGGAAUGCCAGCUGGAGACGCACAACAAUAAGAUGGUGAUCUUCAAGUUCGACGUGGACGGAGACGACCCUGAAGACAUCGCCGUUUACAUGGGUGAGAAACAACUUCAUGCUCGUCUCGUGGAUGGACAGAAGCUGAAAUUCAUUCGAUCGAGGGAGGAUGAAGGACCCCUUCAUUGUCCCCUGAUUCCUCGUAAUGGAGAUCCUGUCGGACAAUUCUCGGAGGCCGACACCCACGUGGGCGCAGAGCAGUUCCAGAUGAACCAAGUUCUCACGCAGACAUGCGGUGAGGCUGUCCCGAACUCCUCAUCCGUGGGAAGAUGGAGGUUCUUCAUCAACCAGAAAGUCAAGCCGCACGAGGCGCAAGGGCAGAACAACCAGCACCUCUGCUCCGAAGCGGACGUGGGAAAUAAGAGCCAAGAGACGAUCCACCUGACCACCUCCAACUCCCUGGAAGAUGUGAAGCCGAUCCCGCUGGACAGCUCGCUAUCCGGGGCGGCGUUCCCCGACGUUCCGGACCUUCCCGACGUUCCCGACCUGACUCCCCGCAGCUCCUCCUCCUCCUCCACCUCGUCCUCGUCUUCCUCCUCCUCCGCCGGCACGUCGUCCAGCGGCGAAGACUGCGGCUCGGCGACCCCCCGCUCACCGCCACGCACGCCGGCCCGCCGCGGCGGUGGCGCCCAGGAGCCCGAGCCCUCCUCCAUGCCCGAGUCCGACGGGGAGGGCCCGCCCAAGGUGGACUACGCUGACAAUCGCAUCAAGACGCUGGACGAGAAGCUGCGCACCCUGCUGUACCAGGAGCACGGCGGGCAGCCCGGCUGCACCGAUGCACCCGACCCGGCCUCACCGGAACGCUGCCUCGAGUCACCCACCCCUGCAUCGGCUGCCUGCUCCUCCACCGGGCUGGCUGGCACGCAAUCCCCUCAGCAGCUGGAGAAGAACAUCUCGGAGCCCUCCGAACCUGGGCCCCAGGUGCCACAGCCUCUGGGGGGGGUCACCUCGCACCAGACUGGAGCUGGCGACAGCCAAACCACCCACGGCAGCAAGGACGGCGCGCGGAUGGAGCCGGGCGGAGCAGUGGGGGUCUUCCUCGACGACAUGUCCCCCGUGCGUGUGCAGGCCGGGCGAUUCCAGAUCUCGUCUGCACCCGGGGUCUCCCCCGCCCCGCCCCGCGACCCCAAGGACGACCCCCCCCUGUCCGAGACCGCCACCCCCCGCCCAGAGGGUCCCACUUCCCCCCUCUCCCCCGGGCUGGUACCAGGAGGAGACCCCCCCGGCCCCCGGCACCAGCCCGCCGCUCCGGCACCGGUCCCAGACCGCGCCCCCGAGACCGAGGGUCUCCCCGCCCAGCGCCCCACGUGCCACUCCCCCUCCCUCUCCUCGCCCAUGAGCGGAGAUGACGAGUCCGAGGUGGAGGACGAGGACCAAGAGGAACUGCAGCAGCUACGUGACAAGCACAUUAAGGAGGUGGUGCAUCUGCAGGCGCAGCAGAAGCAGGAGCUGCAGGAGCUGUACGAGAGGCUGCAGAUGUGCAGCGCUCCAUCCGAGGACCCGCUGCAGGCUUGCUCCCCGCCCGGCAGGCGCUCGAGGGCGGCCAAGAGCAAGGCCCGCGGCAGCAAGACCCACUCCCUCGGCACCACCCCCGCCAGCACCGGCCCUGUCUCCUGCCCGGAGUCGCACAGCCCCCAGCAGGGAGCGGGGGCCAAGAAGGGCACCUUCACGGACGACCUGCACCGGCUGGUGGAUGAUUGGGCCAAAGAGAGGGCCGGGGCAGCCUGCCUGAAGCCCAGCCUGAACGAGAUCAAACAGAUCCAGUGCCGCCAGGACCUGGAGGGGUGGCAACAGCUCUGUGACCGAGUGUCCCAGUCUGUACGGCCCCGGCCUGGGCCCCCCCUCCCUGCCACCCCCCCCGACCCGCCCCCCCCUGGAACCCGCUGCCCGCCCCCCUACCCCCCUCCCCUGCCAGUACGGGGCGUUGCGGCUCCGGCACCGGGCACCCCUGCCCGGGGCCCGCCGGCUGCUGCCCUCACGCUGGCCCCCCCCGCCGCCCCCGCCGCCCUCGGGAGCGGCGGGACACCCGCACCCUUCCCGCUCGACGCUCCAGCGUUCCUGGACUCGGAUCGCCACCGCCGCCGCCCUCGGCCGGAAACCGAUACACAGGCAGAGAACGGCUCCCCAGCUGCGGUGGGGACGGCCAGGGAACAGAGACGGGACGGGACGGGAAGACCAUGCCUAGCCCAGUUCUGCCCAGCCCUACUGCGCUGCUCUGCCCUCCACCCUGCCCAGCCCUAG